UUCCUUCUUCUCUGCACCACAACUCGCACCAGUUGUCCUCAAGGUCCGGAGACCAGUAGAACGCAAAAAUGAUUUGGUUCUUUGAAAAAAGUUUGGUGAUGUUUAUCAUGGUGCUUGUUAUUGAGCAGAAAAUGGCGCAGCCAUCUGAACAAAUUCCGGUUCAAGUGUAUUUAGUACGAGGUCAGGCAAAGGUUCCGUGGCAGUGGGACACUCACAAGAGAAUAUCCGUUUCGCCACAACCUCGACGGAAAAGAGAAUCAGAAAAUUUUAUAAAUCAAGAAUCCAUCCGGAUAUCAUUAGACGCUCUGCCUAACGCCGUUUGGAAUCUGAAUCUUCGACCCAAGAGCCACCCCGUUACGCCCAAUACAAUAGUCGAGUGGGUUGCCGAGAACGGCGAACGCACCCUUACCCGCGGGAUCAGCACCGAAAAUUGCUGGUACACUGGUGCCGUAGAGAACGAAACUGAUUCCGUUGUUUCAUUGGGUGUCUGCGAAGGAUUAUCGGGAUUUAUCCGGACCAACAAUCAAACUAUGUUGCUGGAACCCGUUGAAAGCAAUCCAGCUCAUCCAAACAUGACUCACAUUAUUUAUCCGCUUACGAUGGCUAACAGUUCCGGUUCAUUUGUUUUGCAAAACGACCAAGACUUUGGUAUCCGCCAGAGACAUAAACGAAGUUCAACUCAAGUCGACUACGACGAGGAAGGAAAUGAAAUCGUCGAUACUGUCCGAUUAGAAGAAAUGGAAGAAUACAGUCAGAGCGUCGACGAUGAAACCGACGAAGAGAGUGAGCUGAGUAAUUCGAUCGAUGAUGAUGUCAUCAUCUCGGAUGUGUAUUCGGAAAUCGACGAUUACGAUGUCCAUCCUCCGCCCGUGGUAACGGAAGCAAAGUCUCUCCAAGAAGCCGAAGAAAGUCCUUUAGACAAUCGUACGUCUACGAAAAUCGAUGAUACAAUUGACAUUGAUGGCUUCUCGGUUGACAAGCUAUGGGAGGGUGAAUCGCAAGCCGUCAAACGGAAAAAGCCAGUUUCGAAAUCGGCUCUCGGAGAGGAUUCGGCUAAAUUUUUGGAAUUGGCUCUCGCCGUCGACCACACAGUCAUCAAAUUUCAUGGCAGACAAAGAGUUCAACAGUACGUGUUGACACUUUUGAAUAUCGUCAGUGCAAUUUACGAAGAUACUUCGUUAGAGGCUAAUUUGCGUCUAGUUGUGUCUAGAUUGAUCUUUUAUGAAGACAGGAAGCAAGGACAGGUUCGCGAGGGUAAUUCUAAACGCUCUUUGGAAAAUGUCAAUGCUUGGAAUGCGGGACUUUUACGAAAUUCUGGCGCUGAGCCUCACGACAUAGCCGUCUGGCUAACACGCUACGAUUUGGGAGGACCUUCAGGCUAUGCUCCUGUUGCCGGAGUUUGUGAUCCGGAUCGCAGCUGCUCACUCAAUCGAGACGAAGGUCUCACAUCGGCGUUCAUUAUCGCUCACGAAGUGGGGCACGUAUUAGGAUUUUCUCAUGACGGAGACGUGUCAGCGGGGAAUGAUUGCCACGAUGAAGCACUUCAAGGCUCUGUUAUGGCGCCCAUGGUGGCGGCGACUUUCAGUCGUUUCCACUGGUCACGCUGCACCCAUUGGGAGUAUCACUUCAAGCAACACAAUUGGAAAUGUUUGAAAAAUCAGCCCAAUGUCAAUAAUACCAACGCAACGGUCGUCCAAUCUGCUAUCCAGUACAGUUACAGUUUAGACGAGCAAUGUCGCAUGGAAUUCGGCGAAGGAUACUUUCUAUGUCGGUCGUUUGCCCUGAGUGAUCCGUGCACGCAUCUUUGGUGCGGACACAAGUCCAGCCCGCAGUUGUGCAAAACUAAAAAAGGGCCGCCACUUGAAGGCACUCCCUGCGGACAAGAUAAGUGGUGCAUCAAAGGAUUUUGCGAGGCAAUCGGAAAACGAAAGAAAGUGGUUGGUCCUGUCGUUAAAAAUCCCAGAGAUGGCAAUUGGAGCACUUGGUCUGAAUGGAAUACAUGUUCCAGAACCUGUGGCGUUGGAGUUCGUUUCCGCACCCGAAAAUGCAACAAUCCCACGCCGGCCAAUGGAGGAAAAGGUUGUCAAGGAAAAAGCGAAGAUUCCGAACUUUGUAACACCAAUCCAUGCGCCGAAUGGACGGACUUUAGAGGCGAACAAUGCGCUACUAUUCCGCUAUUAUUCCCCAUGAAUGAAUCGUUAUUCUCCAUGACUUGGCUGCCCUGGGAAGUAAACAAUCAAUCGGCUCAUUGUCAGUUAACCUGCAUGGCACGUGAAACUGGGGAAAUUUUCGAAUCUUUGGAGAAUGUCGUUGACGGAACUGCCUGCUCCUAUGAAAAAUCGAACGGUAUUUGCAUUCAGGGCCAAUGUCAGAUUAUGGGCUGCGAUAGAAGACUAGGCUCUCCCGCAGUGGAGAACGAGUGCGGUGUAUGUCAUGGUAAACAAGGCGACUGUGCCGUGGCCAGCCGACACUACAGCGGAGCUCCUCGCCCUCCUCAUCGUCGGGUGGUCGUGAUACCGCGAGGAGCGAGAAACAUUCGCAUCAAAGAAGAGCCCAACAGUUCAAACAGAUUGGCCGUCAAGGCUCGCAAUUCGCAAAAUUGGAUCCUGAAUGGAACGUUCCCCAUCGUGCACGACAUUGCCACUUUCUACUUCAUUGCUUCCGGCGCCCGUUUUACUUACAACUCGGUCUUUGGUCUGGAAACAAUGCGGGCGAGAGGGCCUCUGCUGUCAGAUGUGACGCUUAUGAUUGUCCCUGGUCCUGCUCGAGAGCACGCCAAUGUUACUGUAACAUGGAGUAUGCCGCCGAAAUCCCACCGGAAGAAAAAUCCUGGCCCGGAUGGAGACGGCGACAGUCGACAGAGUCAAUAUUUCUGGGAACUGGCCGGUUGGUCCGUGUGUUCACGUUCGUGUGGCGAAGGGACACAGACUCAAGUUUGGUAUUGUCGUGAUCGUAAAACUGGACACGUUGUUCGACGUAAGCACUGCAAUAGCCUAAGCGAACCGGAAAUUCUGACGAGACUAUGCAACACGUUUAGCUGCGACUUCCGGUGGGUAACUGGACCGUGGGAAGGAUGUUCGCAGACGUGUGGAGUCGAUGGAGUCCAGAUUCGUAUGAUUUAUUGUGUCCGCACUGCCAUGGUUACUUCAUUGUCCACCAACAACAACAUGACAGCACCAGCAAUAACCCAACUAGAAUUGGAAAAGAAUAUUCUUUUUGAUCGGAAUUGGAGUGAAAUAAGUGGUCACGUAAACGAGGCUCGACGACUUCCGGAAGUCACUGAUGAUGACAGCAGUUCUGGAUCCGAAACCGGCCUCAGUCCUCCAACUGUGGAUGCAUGGAAGGCCACAAUUAAAGAUCACAAGAAAAAAUUGGCUGUCGAAAAUGAGGUCCUUCAUUGGAAUCCGAAUGCUAUUACCGAUCCCGCUUUAUGCAAGGAUCAGCAACCGAUUGAGACUCAGCCCUGUUCCAGAAUUCCGUGUAACGGGACAUGGGUGGAGAAGAAUUGGACCAAGUGUUCAACAACGUGCGGGAUUGGUCGCCAAGAAAUGCAGUUUAUUUGUGUUUCUUCUAAAAGCAAAUCGAAUAAAGAACUUGAAGCUUUUGUCGAAUCGCCCAUCGAGGAAGAUUUCCAUGAUGAGGCGGCAUACGGUUUCAACCAGCGCAAAGCGGAAGGAAAGAGCAACAACCAAUGGAAAAACUUCGUCUGUGGACCUAGGCCGACGUUAUCUCGUCCGUGCGUGAAUCAAGAGUGUCCACUUCAGCGGAAUGACGGAGACACCAAGAAAUGCAAAGAUAAAUCUAACCAUUGCAGCCUGGUCGUGUUGCAACGCUACUGCGCACUACCCCAAUUUCAGGCCUCUUGUUGUCAUUCGUGUUCAAAUUACUUAUCCAAAUAACUUAAAAAAACGUAAAGCAGUGAAUCUGUUUCAUCUAUAAACUUUUUUUUAUGUUUCUAGUAAAUUCUCAUCAAUUCUAUUUCGAAGUGAAAGAACACGAUUAAAAUAAACUUAAACGCGAAACGAG